GGUCCUAGCUAACCGCACAGCAGCCAACCCCACUCUCCUCUGUGUGAUGUACAGCGGUAAACAAGGCAAAGCUCACCGCUCUCAGGCCACGGACUUAACGGCAAACUGCACGUAGAAAUUUUCUGCCCAUGAACCCAGAGAGUAAAAAAGGUCCACCAUGUCUGAACUUUUUAUGGAGUGUGUAGAAGAGGAGCUAGAACCUUGGCAGAAACAAGUUCCUCAAGUACAUCUAAUUGAUGAUGAUGACGACGACGACGAACCCAUUUUUGUUGGGGUCCUCUCUGGUAACCAAAAGGACAGUAAACCCAACCCUGCACCUCCUCAGAGGAACAGCACAGGGACACAACAAAAGAAAAUUGCUCCAAUUCAGGCUGCUGCAGCCCCCUCACCAAUAGUGCUGCCGCUGAAUGUACCUGCUAGUGCAGUGAAAACUGCAGCCCCCUCCCUGACAACAGUGACUCCACAACCUGUUAUAGUUAAUAAUCAGGGCUUUAUUGUCACCUCUCCACAAUUAACAAACAGCAGUGACCUUAUUGCCACUCUUGGAACCCAGUAUCCCCCUGGAACAUCAUUUACAAUUGUACCAGCCCCUCGGCAGCAGGUCUUUCAGCAGGUCUCUUCAGCCACAGCGUUGCCAGGUGUGGUCCACCGGCCUCAGGUUCAGCAGAUCAGGAACAACGUGGUGACUUUGGCCAAUGUCCAGAGCCCUGCGGUGUAUUCAGCUCAGGCUAAUCAGCUGCAGCUCAAAAGGUCCAACACGCCAUCCCUUCAAAACGUUUCUGGGAAGGACGUCAGCGAUCAGAGCUCAGUCAAACGGGGUUUGAUAACAUCGGAGGUUGACAGAGUCAUAAAAAAAGUCAAACUUGAUUCGGUAACCAUCCAAGUGGAGAAUGGCGUCUUAAAGAGAACCUGCCCCAAAUGUCACGAAGAUUUUCCUUCAGAGGAGGCUGUGAAGUUUCAUAUGGUGCGUUGUCAUGCCGUCGUAGGAGUUGCAGCUCCUUCUGCCCCGAACAUGAGUAACGGAAACAAACUCAUCAUGCUAGUCGCUGAUUUUUACUAUGGGCGCUUCGAAGGAGACGCAGAAAAGAAGGAGGCACUGAAGACCAACACAACUUUCAAGUGUCAAAGUUGUUUAAAAGUUCUCAAGAACAAUAUUAGGUUCAUGAACCACAUGAAACACCAUCUAGAGCUGGAAAAGCAGAACAGUGAGAGCUGGGAAAGCCACACAACCUGCCACCACUGCUACAGGCAGUACAUGACUCCGUUCCAGCUGCAGUGUCACAUCGAGAGUGCUCACAGCCCAAUCGAAUCUUCAACCAACUGCAAGAUAUGUGAGCUGGCGUUUGAAUCGGAGCAAGUGCUCCUGGAACACAUGAAGGCCAACCACAAACCCGGUGAAAUGCCUUAUGUCUGCCAGGUGUGCGAUUACAGGUCCUCCUUCUUCUCUGACCUGGAGGCACAUUUCCGAAGUGUCCAUGAGAACACGAAAGACCUGCUCUGUCCGUUCUGCCUCAAGGUUCUCAGAACGAGUCACAUAUACAUGCAACACUACAUGAAGCAUCAGAAAAAAGGGAUUCAUCGAUGUGGGAAAUGCAGACUAAAUUUCCUCACCUACAAGGAAAAAGUGGAGCACAGGACUCACGUCCACAAGACCUUUAGGAAGCCUAAAGCCUUGGAGGGCCUUCCUCCGGGUACAAAGGUUACAAUCCGGGCCUCCCUGACAGGAAAGGGACCAAUAACGCCACUCGGCUCUAAUCGAUCUGCUGUGACUGUCACUCCAGAACCGGCGGGUUUCCCAAAUUUCAAAAUCAAGCCUCCAGUAAACCUAACCAAGUCCAAAGCAAAAGACCCUAAGGCGGGAAAUGGCAAGUCUACUCAGAACAAAAUGCAGCAAAACAAAAAGCAAGAACGUCGACUUUCCAAGCACAAUCUGGCACUGAAGAAUCUCAGUGCCAGUGAGGGGCGCUACACAUGCAUUGAGUGUAACGGUAAGGUCGACGACUUCUUGUCGCAUUUUCCAAUGCUUUCAAACUGCGGCGCGUGCAAGUAUCGGACAGGUUGCAAAAUAUCUUUCGGCAAUCACAUGAUAAAAUAUCAUAGCACCCUCAGCAAACAGAAGGUUUUGAAAUCGGAUCGCAAAAAGAAUUCACCUGUAUUAAAACUAACCCUCAUCUGUCUCAACUGUGAUCUACUUGUUGAUGCGUCUGGUGGCGACCUAAUGUCCAAGCAUUUAACUGAUCAACCACAUCACACAUGUAAAGUCAUUCAGGAAAAAGAUAUCAGAGCUGAAGACAAAGACCAAGACAAAGUGCGUCUCCAGCAGGCAGCAGAUGAAAAACAGACAGCGUCCCUCUUGCCAACGACAACAGCUUUAGAACCGGAAGAAACGGACUUGAAACAAUCUAUAAACGACACAAGUGAAACACUCGAUGACGCUGGCCGAGCUGGUUUAGAGCAGAAUUUACCAGCAUGCAAUCAGGAAAACGAUUCCGCAAAACCCAGCAACAAUGAAGGGAUUGAGUCAAACCAGUCAUCUUUGGAGGCUGCUUCGUCUUCUUGUUCGUCAGAUGUGCUUUUAAUUCCCCCUGAGGAACCUGAGGGUCACACAGAGAGCCUCUAUGUUGAGGAUCAGCUGUCUGUCUCGGAUGGUUUGUUGGAUCCAGUCACCGGAGAGAAAACACCUUAAAUCCUUCUCAUUUGUUAUAUCAGCUGAAGAAGACAGAUGAUACACUAAAGAUAUGUUCAUCGUUUUCAAAGUAUGAUGACGAUAUCAAACUUUUAUUUUUUCUUCGGAUGUUCAGGACACUGGUUUUACCAACAAGAAGAACCAUUUAAAAUACAGUUCAAAAGUUUUUCAGCACUUCUUUUUUUUUUUAAAUAAAAAAAUAUUACUUUUCAUCUCUGUUGAUUCCAGGAUAUUGUCAGUUUGCCGUUAGACUUGAAUGUUUUACGCUCAUUUUGUGUUUCUUUAAUACAGAUGUGUAGUCUUUGCAGCACAUAAGGUUAACAUCUCUCCAUUUUUCAUGUUGGAAAGUUUAUUUUUAUUUUUUUUUAUUUACUGUACAAGCUUUUAUCCUAAUGAUUUAACGGAAACGGCCCUCCAAGAAUGUUUUACUCUGGGAAGCAAAUAUGCAGUCAAGCUUUUCAGUUAAAAUUGUGCACCUACUCCUCUAAUCAUGCACUUAAAAAAUAACAUAGUUUUGGGGCAUAGUUUCAGCAUUGUGUGGACCUGUAGAGAAAUCUGUUUUUCAUUUAUGAUCUGAAUUAGGUUUUAAUCUAACUAAUCAUUUUUUACAUAGUUUUAAUUUGUAGUCUGCCGUCAUCAUGUGAUUUUUCUUUUCUUUUUUAGGUGUGAUGUUCCACCAGCUCCAGCAAACAUUUUACUAAAAUGUUAAAUUGUUUACAGAAAUCUCCUAUGCGUGCAUAAGUAGCAAACAUAUGGCCUUUCCUUCAGUAUUGACUGAUGGUUCACAACAUGCCAAUCUGACUUGGUAUUCUGCACUCUGCUGAUUUUCAACCACGGUUUAAGUCAUGAACAGAAAAUAAUGUUGGAUAUUAUCCUCCAAGGAAAUGGUUCUGAAAAUGUGGCUCAGAAGAGCACAGUAGGAAAAAUUAUUAUUAUUUUAGGAGUUAAGCAAUUAAAUGUUUCACAGAGCUGCAACCAUGUACAUUUUCUGUCUUAACUAGGCUGAAAGUUCCUUGUGAAACAUGUUAAGAAUAGUUGAAUAUGUCAAAAGCCACUUCAUUUUUUUAAAUUUCUUUUUACCUGUAAAAACAAUCCUGUAAAUACAUUUACUUCUAUGUAUAAAUGUUUUGAUGACAUUCCUGUUAUAUUCUCUAUAUACAUCACAUCAUGCAGAGGAUCUACAUUCUGGGUUAUAGCAGCACAUUUCUGUUUUUGUUCUGUAAAUAAACCUUGAAUAGAA